ACCACCGGUGGCGCCGGCACUCCCAUCCGAGUGCUGUCCUCAACCGGCCAGCAGGUACGAAUCGCCACCCAGCAACCGGUGGUUAAUGUCAGCACUGCGACCGUUCAGCAAAUCGGACAACAGACGGCCACGGUUCUACGUGGUCAGAAUAUCGUCACCGCUGGUGGACAACUCCAGCAGCAGCGCAUUGUCACUGCCCCGGCAGGAUCCACCACGACAACCGCUACGAUAGGCGGCAAACAGAUUAUCCUGCAGAAGCCUCUGACCAUCGUGGGUGGAGCUGCUGGAGGAACUGCCACCGGAACGAUCAAUAACGCCGGUGGAGUCACGGUCAACCAGCCGCAGAUUGUCACCCUGGUCAAGACCAGUCAGGGCAUGACUGUUCAAACCCUGCCGAAAAUGAACGUACUACAGAAGGGCACGGUGGCGGGUACCAUCCAACAGCCGCAGCAAAUUGUCACGUCAAACAUCAUCGGGGGCGCUGGCCUUCAGCAAGCGACCGUUGGCGGUCAGAAAACGGCCGUUAUCGGGGGCAACGUGGUCAAAUUGAUGUCGUCCACCGGAACGAUAGGUGGCAAGCAGAUCCUCAUGAAGAACCCGAACAUCGUUCAGGUCGGCAAAAUGGCCACCAACGUUGCCGGUAAGCCGACGUUGGUCAUAACCAACAAGGCCGGUCAGCAGAUUCGAACCGGCAAUCAGCAGGUCAUCGUGGUAACGACUCCGCAGGGUAUCCGUACCGUCAGCGGAACCGUUACAUCGUCGGCGAAUAACUUCGUCUCGCUGUCAACUUCUCAGAUGAUCAAUACGAUAUCGACGUCCCGCGCCACAAACAUCGGUGGAGCAACCGUUCUUCAAGCGGGUACUGCUGGGACAGCCGGUACAGCCAACAUCGGUGGACAGGCAAUCAAGCUCCGGGCCGUACAGGGUGGAAAGCCUAUCACUUUCACGGUUCCGGUUGGAGGACUGCAAGGAGCCGGCCAAAAGAUCGCAGGCACGCAGAUAAUCAACAUGCAGCAGAAGUCCCUGACGAUCGGUGGCAAAGCCGUCACUGUCCAACUGGCUCCUUCGGUCGGUGGACAGAAAACGGUUACCAUCGUUCCGUCGUCGACCGGAACGGCUGGCACUGCGGGAGGAAUCGGAACCACCAUGACCGGAGUUCAUGGGCAACAGAAGAUCGUCAUGUUGCCAUCGAAGACGACCACCCGGAUAGUGACCCAGCAGCAGUAUCAGCAGAUUCAGUUGCAGCAGCAGCAAGCGCAACUGCAACAGCAACAACAACAGCAGCAGCAGGAACAGGUUUCUACGGAUGCUGCGUUCGCUGCGCUAGCUGCUGAAGCCGGUCUGAUUGAGAACGAUGGCGAUCAGAUUGAGCAGAUGGAUGGUUGUUUCGAUCUGUUCCAUUCGGAUGACGAGACGGAUUCGGAUGAGGAAGAACAACUGGGAGGUGCUCAAAUCAUGGAAGUCGACUCGACGGAUAGUGGUGCAUCGGAAUGCAAGAAAAUGAAACUGUGGCCUGGUGUCAUUGAACAGUUGGACGGAUGCAAUGAUUUCCUUUCUUCCGAUGACGAUGCAGAUGUCGCCAUGGAGGAAGCAGUAUCUAGGCGGACAGCCCCACGAUACGUCCGAUUAGGCCUGUUUGGAGGUGCUGCGGCCAUCGAAAACCCCGAAGGGGAAUCGACCGAAGAACAGGACCCGCUUGCUCAAGCUGAACCACCGGCCGAGGGUACUGCGGCGACAGCUGAGGAAGGUGCUGAAGGCCAACCGGAAGCAACUGCGGCCGAUUCGAUGGAACAGGAUCAACUGAUGGAGGGAGCAGACCCUGCCGCUUCGGCGUCAGAGCAGCAAACGGCAGGUGAUGAAGGUGUUUCUUCGGCCGGUGCGCUUGAUGAUCAACAGCAACUCCUGUCCGGUGGUGCACCUGCCGGAGAAGAUGCUGGUGAAGUCGAUUCCAGUCAACCAGCGGGUGGUGAGUUACCAUCGGCGGAGGAAGCCACGGGAGGCGACGAUGGUCUUAAUGCUAGUGAGGCAACAGCUGCCACCGCCGAAUCGGCAGAUGUUUCAAUGCAGGAUGUGGCGCUAUUGGCUGGCAGCGGAGUCACCGAAGCAGAACAAAGCAAACUUGCGGAAACGACAGACAAUAUGUCCUUUGGUGAUCAACCGGAUAGCAGUGCAACGUCAACUCAAGACGCAACGAAAGAUGCCUCUCUUGGAGGAACUGCUGGAAGCCCACAUGACGCGACCACCAAGAUGGCCGAUUCAGCCUCGGCAUCUAUGAUGGCCACAUCCGGUUCACCCGGAACGGUUCAACUGUUGAACGCCGACGGCACAUCAACGACCGCCACCACAAUGGUCGUCAGUGUGAACAGUGCCCCCACAGCUUCGGAAACCGAAGCAGCUAACAUUCUCACCACCAUCAAGAGCGGAGAGCUGCUUUCGCUUCAAAACGCCGAUUUGCUGGCCGCUGCCGGUCCCGGUAGUGACAAUAUUAUUCAACUGAACUCCGGUCUCCUGCAGUCGAGUGGUACAAUCGAUGGCUUCACGAGGUCACUCUCGGGUGAAACGCAAACCAUUACGUUUAAAACUACUGGAAACGGUAGCGAACUGACUCAGGUUGCCACCUUGGCCGAUGGAACUCAACUGGUGGCACAGCUCCCGACCAGUUCCAUGGUCAAAUCGGAAGAAUCAUCCAACGCUACCGCCGGAGGACAUCUGGAUGCUUUGGCAGAGGCCGCUGCCUCGGCCACCUCCGUACUUUCCGAUCUGAUGGGCUCAACGUCAUCAUCAUCGGCGGCUUCCUCAUCUCCCUCCGGGGUACUGACCAUCGCUGCUGCAAGUCCCCAAACCCAACAGCAGCAACCGGCAACGGCCACCACCAUCAAGUACUUCGAUGCCAACUCGAAACAGUUCAUGCUGACGUCGCCUUUGCUACAAUCGCCGGUCAAUCCACCGGCCAACAUUCUGAGCAAUAGUAGCAACGGAACGGUUCCGACGGUUGUCACGACGAUUCCCGGAACCACGUCAGUAGCGGCUGGCAAUAAGCUCGUUACUACCACCAAGACCGUACGAGGAACGACCGCCAAGGCGAAAGACGAAAAAGAAGACUCCAAGCCGAGAAUCAAAGACGAAUCGGAAAAAUGGUACACCGUGGGAAUCUUCAAGACUCUGUCGCACACCGUAUCCAACUUUGUCGAUUUCGACGAGUGGAACUGUCUGUACGACGGCGAUACGCUUACCGCUGACAACCUGCCGGAUUUGGUCAAGUACAAGCGGCUAAACCUGGAACCGGGUUGUGCGUACCGAUUCCGCGUGGCAGCCAUCAACAGUUGCGGCCGGGGCGAAUGGAGCGACGUGGCACCCUUCAAGACUUGUCUGCCGGGAUUCCCGGGCGCUCCCUCGGCAAUCAAGAUUUCAAAAUCGACGGACGGAGCGCAUCUCUCGUGGGAACCGCCGCCAUCGACUACCGGAGACAUUCUGGAGUAUUCCGUCUAUCUGGCGGUCAAGUCGCAAAAUGCCAAGGAUAAGGCCAACCAGUCGGCACAGCUGGCCUUCGUGCGGGUCUACUGUGGACCGAACAAUCAAUGUACGGUGCCGAACCAGUCACUGCUGACGGCGCACGUCGAUCAGACCUCUAAGCCGGCGAUCAUUUUCCGAAUUGCGGCGCGCAACGACAAGGGCUACGGACCGGCCACGCAAGUCAGGUGGUUGCAAGAUCCCCAAUCGGCCAAAGGAACUCCCACCCCCGGCGCCACCGGCCAAGGCUCCGGACCGUCUCCCACGGCGGUCAAACGGCUCAGCGACAAAGCUCCCUCGACGAACACGAAACGGGCCAAAACCAGCGUCAACUCGUCGAUGAUUGCAUCGCCCAACUAAGAACUAAGUAAGUGGAGGGGGAAGGGGUUGCUUGGAUGCGCUCUUAGGGUGCGCCGGCGUACAUCCAAUUGUAAAAUGUACAGAACUGUGUGUAAUUACCGCCUACUUCGUUCCCAUAGAAGAUGAACGGCGGCGGUGGUCGAGAAAAUGCAAAUCGUGUAAAAAGUAGCGUCGCAAGUGACAAACCAUAUUAAAACUACAUUACUUAGAGGAAGUUAGAACAUUCAUUUUCGGUUGAACGGAAACAGAAUUGAUUGACGAAGAACGCAAAUGCAUGAGUGUGAUGUGUUAUAUAUUUUUUUUCCUAAAUCGGGAAAGCGUAUUUUAUGGAUUAAAAUGUGCUUCUCCCCCAGGUCUUAUAUGCAUAGAAAUAAAAGUAGAAGGUAAGCGCAACUGAAGUUUGGCUUUUGUCUCGUUAGUGCUUAGGGAAAUGAAGAAUUUUGUGGAAUUUUCUAUUAACCAGUUUUAAGAAUGUCAAUAACCUAAUUAAUUUUCAUAGUUAAUUUUGAAGCAUAAGAAACACCCAGCAGAAUUAGUAAACGAAAGAGAUUUAGUGCUGAAACAGUUGUGUUUGCUGAAAUAGAAAGACGAAGCAGAGAAAUACUGAUUGAAAAUAUUAGUUUUAAGCAAACAAUAUACUGUAGUACAGAUAUAAAAAAAUCGGAAUGAAUCCCUAGAAAGAGACGCAACGGUUGUUUGUUCGUUUAUUUUUUAUUUGAGGUAAAUCGCUGAGACGAAGAGAUGUAAUGAUAAUGUAUUAUUUUUUUGGGUUUGAAAAUAAUCACUUAAGAAAUGAAAUUUCUAUCCGUGACACAUUUAAAGGACGAUACAUUGUAAAUUUGAUUUCCUUGCUGAUCUAAUAAGACGCACCCCUUUGUUUCAACUCACCCACGCACAUACUUUUUUUCACAACCACUUGGUAUUGGCAAACAUUACUCGAGUAUGGCGGGCCGAUGGGGAUAUUAGCUGUUGAAAACUCGAAAAUAUUUUCCGAGUUCCCAUCAGUGUCGGCCCCUCUGUGCUGUGCUCGCCCAGCCUCACUCGUAGAAUAGACCCAAUUUUCAUCGGACUAAAACCUUCUCCUGAAGAAAGUGAACGGAAAAAAUCGAAAGAGGUUCAGUAUCCUGCGGAUAACAUACAAUCGAUACUAUUACUAUAAUUGAUAGCUGUUGUGAUUUCCUAAACAAAAAUGCAAGAAACGCCAAUUAACGAUGAACGUGUUUUUGGUUGAUUUUUAGUUUUCAGUUCAAUGUAUGGAUAAAUUAGAGCGGUAAACUACUUUCACGGAAAAAUUUGAGUGCGUGUGAACUAUAAAUGGAUGGAUGUAGAAAGAAUCUGAGCGAUUGGACACAUUUUUCUUUAUCAAAAGCUUAUACAACUCACGUGAAGUAUGAUGAUUUAUGCGGAUAUCCAUUACUAUUGAUUAAUACACAUCAGAGUUAGAGAAACUUUGAAAAGAUAGACACCAGCAUGGACAAGAGCAGACGGAAUGCGAUUCCUCGUUCUUUCUUAUUUCUCGGGAAGCAAAUAAAACAAAAGUAAUAAAGCUGUAAGGUAUUUGUUAAAACAGUGA